GCCUAUUUCAAUCUCUGUUUGUUAUAUCCUUUGCAGUUGUUCAAAGAUCUUUUGCAUCCCUCGGUGGAAGAAGAAAAGCGUAAGCACAAACUUAAGAGGCUUGUACAAAGUCCAAACAGCUACUUUAUGGACGUUAAAUGUCCUGGUAAGUUUGUUUGCUGACUGAUAACUUAGUCCAGUUUGGAGUGAAUGCUUAGUAAACCACUGUAAAAUGGUCAUGAUCAGGCUGAUGGUAGAUAUUGAUACAUUCUAGCCUUUCUGUGAGCAAUCACCCAAAAUACCUAGAGUAGUAACAGAUAGUUGGUUGCUUGAUUGAGCGCCAAUGUCCAAAGGAAAAUUCUCCAGACUAAUUUGCAUAGAAUCAGUUGAAAGAAUUUGUUUGAAGAACAAAGCAUUUUCUUGUAGGUGAACAUUAAUUCUCCUAGGUUUUGGAAUACAAUGAUGUUACUCUUCAUACAUCAACACUCAAUUGUAUUUCAGUCAUUUUAGCAUUUUUGUUUGGACAGGUGGAAACGAUUCAAACAUGCUAAUUUUUAAUGCAUAAUUUUUUGAAAAUCAAAAAAAUCUUGUUUCCAAAAAUAUCUGGAUAUGUGUGGACAAGGCCAUGGCCCUUUCUCUACUAGAAGUGGCCAAAACUUACAAGAUUUAUUAAAGGAGAACAAAAACAGUGGUAUAGCUUUUUCCUUUAUUUAUUUAUCUAUUUUUUUGGUUUAAAUGGGGUGGGGGUAGGGGUAUUUGGCAAGUGAAAAUACUUCUGGGCGUGUACAAUUUGAAUGUGACUGGCCCAGGUGGGGAGUGUGGACAGUAUUAGAAGUAGUAGAAAAGAGGUUUCUUCAUAAAUUUAUGAUGGUCAUUAAGCCAGAUUUCAUCCUGGAGGUUCUGAAUCUCCUGUUUCCUGCAGAAGUACAAUAUAUGGUCUCCUACAAUGUAUAUGUUGUGGUUCAAUGUUAUCCUCGGUUUAAUUUUUAAUUUCUUUUUUUGGGGGUAUGGUAAUGUCUGAUAAUGAGUUUGAAACAAAAGAAAAUAAAAUUAAGCCAAGGAUAAAAUUGAACCACAACGUAUAUAAUACCGGUUUUUUGGUGUGUCUCAGUCAAUUUGGUGGCCUGCUUCUAUUAACUGAAUUAGGACAUGCUGUAUGGAAUCAUUGGUGAAAUCUCCUUGUCAGUCAAAGUGUAUGUUCCCAGUUAUCCCCUCUGUUCCCUUAACAUUUCGGCAAGUACUGUGAUUGCUUUUCAUGCAUAAUAUUAAGUAUUUUUUGCCUCUCAGGUUGUUACAAGAUUACAACUGUGUUCAGUCAUGCUCAAACAGUUGUGCUUUGUGUGUCAUGUUCCAUGGUGCUUUGUCAACCCACAGGAGGGCGGGCAAGACUGACAGAAGGUAUGCAGUGUUUUUGUGUGCACAUCAUCACUUGACCUGUAUGUGUACUAAGCUACCGUAAAAUUCCGAAAAUAAGUCCCGGGGCUUAUAUUUUUGAGAGGCUUAUUUUUGGAGGGGCUUAUCUACGGAGGGAAAUUUGCGUUUCAAAAUCAAUUGGGCUAUCCUUAUAGUUGGAACUAAAUUUACCGUUUUUUUUUUGUUUUACUUUAUAUUUGAGGGCAAUUUUCCAAGUACAAGCCCCUAGGGGGCUUAUAUUCGGAGGGGCAAUUUAACGGAGGGUUUUUGCUGUGACUGGUUUGGGGGGCUUAUACAUGGAGGGGCUUAUUUUCAAAAUUUUAUGGUAUUUGCAGUACAUGCAGAGCUUUUAGCAACAACAUGGAACUCCAGAUACCUAACCUUAGAAAUUGCAUGCAAUAAAUUCUCUUCCAUAAAGCAGAUCUGUUGGAACCUCUACUAAGAAAACACCCUUGUGGUUUGAUUCUUAAUAGCCACCACUAAAUGUUUGCAUUUUUUAUUUUUGCUUAUGGAAAACUUUUUUUAGUACAUCCUGUCACUAUUCUUGAAUUAUCAUCCAUUGAAGCCUUAUAUACUCUUAAGGUAUUUUCAUUUACUUUGUGUCAGUGCCCUAGAAUAAUCAAGAUAGUAUUUAGAACACACUUUUAGUUGUUUGAAAUGAGUUUAUAAUUUAAAUUGGCAACUGUAAAAGGAAUUAAAAAAGUGUAUAUCUUGAGCACUAAUGCUGUCUUGCAGAAGGUUUAAUGAAUGUUUGCUCCGCUUUUUUACCAUUCAGUGAAAGCCAAAAACACACCUUCACCUAUUCUCUUUGUACUUUGUGUCACGUAAGUGACUUUAAAAGUUUAUAGCAUGAAUUCUUAUUCUGGAAUAUGGUAGGUCUAGCAUACCCUUAUAUCAUCUACAAAUGCAUCUCUGUCUCUCUAUUGCUUGAGCUACAUUUACUAUUUCCGAGCGGAGGAGUAGCCAUGCACUGCAGCCCAAUUCAUGCCUUGUUAUUAAUUUUUCUUAUUAGGUAAACUGUAGAGGUAUUCCUAGGGCAUCGUCUUUGUGUUCCCUCCAAACUAGCCUCCCAUGCAGACGUUCUUUUGGCUAGUCAUGCAAUCCUCCCCAAUGUUCAUGGGGCAGGAACACGUGAUGAAACCCCAAGAAUGUCUGGAUGGGAGACUAUCGUCAAACCUCAUUUGUUCUGUCUUUUGUUUGUAGGUUGCUCCUUCAGAAGAAAACAGAACUGA